AUGAUCUCGUUUAUUUUUAUAUGUUUAGCGGCAUGCUGUUUUGUAACGCAAGCACAAAAAGGAAAUGAUCCGAUACCAAUACUUAAAUAUGAAUCCGAUGGACCAAAUGUGGACGGCUCUUACAAAUGGGCAUUCGAAACCGGCAACGAGAUCUCGGCCCAAGAGAGUGGAUAUGUGAAAAACUUCGGCAAAGGUGAAGGUCAAGAGAUACAAGUAGCUGAAGGCAGCGUCAGUUACAAGGCACCUGAUGGUACACCCAUUGCAUUAUCGUACAUCGCUGAUGAAAAUGGCUUCCAGCCACAGGGUGCUCAUCUUCCAACUCCACCACCAAUCCCUCCAGCGAUCCUGAGGGCGUUAGAAUAUAUUGCUGCCAAUCCUCAGCCUCAAAACCAACAGCCAGCCCAACCGUUGAGAGGAAAACGU